AUGGCGCGGUUUGAAGACCUCCCUCGUGAGAUCCAGAGACAAAUCUACUCGCUCCUCGAUGUGCCUCUGAUCUGUCGAGCUUACGUGGCAUUCGCUCCACACCCAUGUGUUGGGCCGGCAGCCAAUUGUCUCCAGACGCGUGUGGUGGCAGUAUCCCUUGAUGCCACAGAACGGUGUCCUUAUAAAGUUACAUUUGACGUACUCGCCCAACUCCCGCCAUGCGAUGUUAAGGUAACCACAACGGUGAAAAUGUGGCGUCUAACAGCUCAUCAGCUCAAUCAGGUGGAGGUGAAACUGCUUGAUGUGACAAUAAGCGGUGACGGCAUAUAUCGUGAUAACGGCAAAUGGUUUGAAAAAGAAAUGCAAAACUUAAAGCACCCUAUCAACAAUCUCGAGGUUAUUAAUGUGACGUUUGAUGCCUCCUAUAUCUCAGAGGGAAUCGGUCUGUUGACUGCCAAAGAUUGUCUAAUAUAUAAUAUGAGGAGCUUGGCGACGGAUGCCAGUCUUCAGCGAUUACGCAUUGAAAACUGCCAGAUUAAUGGAUUCUACUUGCCACAGACACUUACCGACGUUACGUUAAUCAAUGCCAGCAGUGACAACGUAUCGUGGCAAUUGCCUAAUCUCCGAAAUGUCGAAGUCGAUUCCCACUACGAUAAUUUACCAUGGAACCAAGUGGAAGAAUUGACCAUCUAUAACUCCAUGCCAAACUAUAGUCGGUUGGAUAAUGUGAGGGACUUGAAAAUCAAAAAGUUAAACUCAUGGUUGCAAUUUGAGGGAGUUUAUUGUCCAAAUCUCAAGAAGUUGGAACUUGAUAGGGAUCACCUGCUAGAAUUGUUAGAGGUCUUCGAGGAUAACGACGUCCUGAAUUUGUUGGAGGCAUCACAAAAAAGAGGCAUCACCGAAUUGCUCGCCGUGGAUUAUUCCGUAUCCAAUCUUGAUCAUUUUCAGCUGCUCAGAAUUGUUGAGAUGUCUUUGUAUGAGCCGAUGACAGACCAGCUCAAAUUGCCCCAAACAUUAGAGAAACUCACAUUAUGCACCAGCGAACCCGUUACUGGUAUUCCUGAGCAAAUCAAGGAAUUUAUAUUGUGGUCCAACAUGAUUGAUGUGUCCAUCAGUUCUUCUGGUUUGCGCGAGGCCGAUUUGAUAAAUGUGCGGAACGCUUCAAUUCACUGUCCUCAACUUGUAUCCUUGUCAGUUCAUGUAGCUGAUAAGCUAGAGUUGGAUACACCCAAAGUGAAGGGUGCUCACGUUUCUCUUGCAAACUACGCCGAUAAUGCACACAUAUUGGAGCUACCAGGAGUUUCAUCUGUGACGUUGAAAAAAUGCGCCAUUGAUAGCUUAAGAUUUGGCCGUAUAUUGGAACUGUUGGACAUACAUAAUUGUGAGAUUAAUGAUGUUGAGGUGGAGGCGAUUAGAGUUUUGGUGAAGCGGAGUGUGAUACACAAUUCCACCAAUAUAGUUGCUGAUGAUGUUGAGUUUGAAAACACGGCGCUCGGCCGUCGCAACAAUACCAGCGUCAAGUGUCGUGAAUUGUAUACCUCCGGUACCCCUCUUCUCGAUUCAGAGCUAAACCAUGGUAUUGAAAGAUUGAUGGUUUCGAGUCCUUGGAAAAAACAAAGUUCUCGUAGGCCGGGGCAUGUAUUAGGUUGUCGAGCAUUUGCGGGAUGCUCAACGUUGCAAAGGCUUACGAUUGUGGGCGUUUUCAUUGACUGCACCAAAUCAGCCCUCUCUUUAUCCCAGCGUCAGUGA